UCUCCGCCCGCCGGCUGCCGGCCGUGGUGCCGCCUCCUUGGCGCUCUUCCUCCCUGUUUCCCUCCCUCCCUCCUUCCCUGGCGGUGUCUGGGCCCACUCCGCGGCCUCUGUUCGUCUCCUCUCGCCUUUUUCUCUCCGUUUCUCCUCGAAGUCUCCGAGGAGUUCGCGGCCGCGGGACGCCGGGAAAGAUGGCGGCGGCGGUAGGAGAGGACGGCGGCCAAGGGGGCCCGGGCCUAAGCGCGCCGGAGCCCGGGCCGGAGCCCGGACCAGAGUUGGGAGCGGGGCCGGAAUCAGGGCCCGAAGCGGGGCCGGAGUCGGGGUCGAAGCCCGAGCUCGACGCGGGCCCAGCAGAAUCGGGACCGAAGGCCAGGCCCGAAGCAGGCCCGGAGUCGGGGUCGGAGUCGGAGCCAGAGUCCGUAGCGGAGCCGGGGCCUAAUCAGGGGCCCGAGUCGGGGCCGGAGCCAGGAGCGGAAUCGGCGCCGGAGCCGAAGUCUGGGCAGGAGCCGGGGCCCCAGGAGCCGGGCAGCCCCGGCGUGGCGCUCGAGGGCGGCCGGAACCCCGCGCCCGCCGCGCUGCCCCCCGAGGAGAUCGCCGCGCGGCUGCAGCGGAUGCGGCGUGAGCUGACCAACCGCAGGAAAAUCCUGGUGAGAAAUCUGCCCCAGGACUGCAGCUGCCAGGAAGUUCAUGAUUUGUUGAAAGACUUUGAGUUAAAAUACUGUUAUGUGGACAGAAAUAAACGAACAGCUUUUGUUACCUUAUUGAAUGGGGAGCAAGCCCAGAAUGCAAUUCAGAUGUUUCAUCAGUAUUCUUUUCGUGGGAAAGACUUGAUAGUCCAGCUCCAGCCAACGGAUGCUUUGCUUUGUAUUACCAACUUGCCCAUUUCUUUUACCUUAGAAGAGUUUGAAGAACUUGUUCGUGGUUAUGGAAAUGUUGAAAGAUGUUUUCUGAUCUACAGUGAAGUUACUGGCCAUUCCAAAGGCUAUGGAUUUGUGGAAUACAUGAAAAAAGACUUUGCUGCAAAGGCUAGAUUGGAUCUGUUGGGAAAACAAUUAGGAGAAUCAGCACUCUUUGCACAAUGGAUGGAUGUUAAUCUAUUGGCCUCAGAGCUCAUUCAUUCUAAGUGCCUUUGUGUAGAUAAACUCCCUACUGACUGCACGGAUUCAGAAGAGCUAUUGCAAUAUUUUUCCAGUGUCCAUAAACCUGUGUUUUGCCAGCUUGCACAGGAUGAAGGUAGUUACGUUGGUGACUUUGCAGUGGUUGAAUACAGCACGGCAGAGCACGCUGAGGAGGUUCAGCAAGCAGCACAUGGUAUGACCAUCAAGGGGAGCAAAGUCCACGUUUCCUUCUGUGCGCCAGGAGCUCCAGGGCGAAGUACAUUAGCAGCACUGAUAGUGGCUCAACAUGUGAUGCACAGUAAUCAAAAGGGCUUACUUCCAGAGCCAAAUCCAGAACAAAUUAUGAAAAGUUUGAAUAACCCUGCCAUGUUACAAGUUCUGCUACAACCCCAGCUUUGCGGACGAGGUGUUAAACCUGGUCACAAUUUGCCACCCAUGAUGAAUCCAUCUGUCUCCUCUGCACUGUUACAAUUAAAUAAAGCACACCAGAAACCUGGUUUACUUGGAGAAGCCCCACCUAUGGUGCUUCAGACAGCGUUAGGGAGAGGGUCAUCACGUCCAAUGAAAACAGAAUUGGGACACCCUGGAGAAGCACAUAAAGGUAGAAUGGGCAUGCUACCAUCCUUUCCAAAUCAACACAUUGGUGGACAUCCAGGGCCCGGGCACGGUAAUACUCAAGAGAAACAGUCAAUUGUAGAAGGAAAUUUCCCUGGGUCUCAGGGCUAUCCAAAUCCGGCUGCAGGAGGCCUGCUGACAGGACACCAAAAGCAUCAGCAAAGCCAGACACAAGGCACAGAGAUAAAUUCAGAGGCUACAUCUAAAAAUCAGACUUCACUCCUGGGAGAACCACCAAAAGAAAUCCGGCUCAGUAAAAAUCCGUAUUUGAAUUUGGCAAGUGUGUUGCCCAGUGUAUGCUUAUCUUCCCUUGCAAAUAAAACCAGUUUACAUAAGACUGGAAUUGGAGGCAACUUUCUGGAUGCAUUCUCUCACAGAAGCGAAUCACAACAUCCAUUGGAAAAGUGUGUUUCUUACUCUCCACCUUAUGGUGAUUAUGGACAUGCACCCCCUUUAAGAAAAGAAAAACGAGGCUCAUCCUAUCUCAUCUCUGCCCCAGAAGGUGGUCCAGGGGAAUUCGGUCACCAUCAUCGUCGGGGCUCAAGAGCGUAUUACAUGGAAACCUAUUUUAAAAAAAAGCGAGUGUACUGAGUUAAGCUCUCUCCUUACAACCUCUUAAGGUUCUUGCAGUAUCUUUGUUGUUCAUCGCUGCCUUAACCUCAUUCAGACUAGCCAUAUCCUUUAAAUACGGGUUUAUGAUUUCCCAGAAGUAACUGUGUUGUGCAGCAGGCAGAAUUG